GGUUAGCACCUCCCAGUGUCACCUUGAGUACAGCAGUGAGCUCUAGUAGUGUUUUACCUGAGUUACAACUACUACAGAAAGUGAUGUCUCACCUACAGUUUGACGGCGUGGUGUUGAAUCAGGGUGUGCGAGAGGUGGAGGUUCGUAAGGAGCGUCGGUUCCACUGGCAAUCUGAACUGUUUUUGGAGUCUGUGCGGCGCCAGACCUUCAACAACUGGUCGGUACCCUUCAUUGACCCCAAAAAGCUGGCUAAGGCAGGAUUCUUCUACCUGAGGACGCGCGACCAUGUCCAGUGUGUCUUCUGUCAGGGCAUCGUGGGCUACUGGGACCCCGGCGACGAGCCCGAGGUGGAGCACUGCAAACACUUCCCCAACUGUCCCUUCAUCUCCGGCUGCGCCACAGGCAACGUGCCCAUCUGCAGCCCAGAAAAUGACACCAGCCGACUCUACUGUUUCUUGGACGAGUAUCACGCCUACAGACUCGCCAACACUAGGCCGCAACACCCCACCUCCAGCUUCCAGAUAGACGCCGUGCAGAUAGCGGACAGUAACCGGCUGGCUUACCCUCACCUCAAUACUCCCUCCAGUCGUCUGCAGACAUUCAGGCGUUGGCCUCAGGACGCGGGUGUAAGUCCUGACCAGCUGGUUGAGGCGGGCUUCUUCUCCACUGGACUGGCAGACUGGGUCCAGUGUUUCCACUGUGGUGGGGGCCUCUUCAGUUGGCGGAAGGGAGAUGAUCCAUUGGCAGAUCACGCCCACUACUACCCCUUCUGCCCCUUCAUCAGGAUGCAACAGACAGAGGCCGUCACCCACACCUGGAGAGACAGCUCGGUGCCUGAUAUCAAAAGCCGCCCACUUGCCCUCACUGACCAAGAGGCAGAGCUCCUGCUUCAUCACCCCAUCGCCAAGCGUGUGAUUAGUAUGGGUCUGUCUCAAGUGUCGGUUCAAGAGGCCAUGAGGCACCGGCUACAGGAUCGUGGCAUCCUUUGUCGCACGGUGACUGAAGCGCUGGAGAUGGUGUUCGACUACGAGGAAGACCAACGAAAAAAGAUCACUGCCAACCAGCCCUGCCAUGACGGUAACCAGUUCCCCUCACAGGUAGUGAACCACACACCUUCAUCCUCGCCACAGGUGGAGUCAUCAACGAAUUUUUGUCCAGCCACCAACACCCAGGACAAGCUCAGUCCACCGCUCUCCUCGGAGCACAACAGAUUAAUGGAAGAAGUGGAGAACUUGCGACAACAGGUGCUAAGGGCAGAGAGUCGGCUGCUGUGUCGGCUGUGCGGAAAGGAGCGAGUGGAAGUGGCCUUCCAGCCUUGCUCCCACUUCCACCUGUGUGCCGCCUGCGCCAGACCACUGGACUCCUGCGUCACCUGCGGGGCCAUCAUCAGAGGCACUCUCAGACCCAUCAUAGGGUGAAUCGUGGACUGUACCACAAUGGCCAUCUGCUGCAUCGCCGCUGUCACCAUCCACUACAUACACACCACCACCGCACAUCCUUACAGCAUCACUGUCAAGGGCGCACCAUGACAUACCAUGAGCUACUCCACACAACCCGCCGCCACGGACACUUACUGCGCCAUUGUCAGUGUUACUCUGCUGCCCAGUUUGAGUUUCAGGAAAGAAGGGCCCACCAGUGCGGUUACCAACGGCACCAUAAUCAAAAUGACACUGAGUUCCAUGAUGGGUUAGACCAGCACCAGGGAGCCGCGAGUCUCCAUCCUAACCGUCUGGGAGGUGUCUACAGACGUACUCGACACCAACACACAGUAUUACACACACACUUACGCACGAUUUAUUUACUCAUGACAUUUAUAAUUCUAAUCAUAUAUCCCGGUUACAUUUGGUCUAUGGCACGUCAAAAUAAACCAACACCUAUUAUCCAUGAUCAGUUUCCUAUGUUGAUAACACAUAUUGUUCUAAUAGUAUUUCAUUGUAUACUAACAAAUUCCUACCAGUUGAUUCUCAAACAUUACUUUGUGUUACUAUAUAGUCACUACUCACUUCCAUCUCUGUCCUCCACUUCGCUCUUAAUCACCUUAUUAGCUACACUUGUAAUCUGUAGAUCAUUGCAGACGAACUACAAUUGUAACUGGAGUCUUUACAGUGGACGACACAACACUGGACAUGGUUACUUUCAUCAAAUGUCUCAAAGAUUAUUUAGAAAUAAUGUGUGUAUUUUUAUAUAUCUUAUAAUUAAUUAUAAAAGACGAAAAUUUUAUUUUUUUAUAUAUGACAUGACACUAGAAUGUAAUAAAUUUUUGUCUUCAGAAAAAUCAUA